AACCCCCUUCUAGCCAGCCCCCACCUGCCCUGCCAGCAACCCCGCGCCCCUCCGCAGCCAUCCUGAGCCCCCGCCGGGACGCCUGCCGAGUCGACCCCAGUUCCAGAGGUUCCGGACGGGGCGGAAGGGACCCAAGAAGGCGGCCUCGAAGCCUCGAAAGGUUCCCGUGCAGGACUCGGCUCUCUUGCUCGUAGCCCCCGAGCAGUCGUCGGACAAUGAGGUGUACAGCUCCCCAGCCCCCAAAACCAAGGACAGAUGGGGAGAAGAGUUCUGCAAAGUCUCCUACUGUGGCAUCAUGCCCUCAGUGAAGUGGCACCACUGCUGUGAGAAUUUCGGGCAAUGCUGCGUGUACUUGCUGCUCGCCAAACCCAAGGACCUCAAAAGUCCAUUUGCUUUCCAAGAGAUCGCAACAGUUACUCAUCCUAAGAGGAAGUUUGAAUACGGCUUCUCGCACCGCCCACAACACUCCCCGGGCUCCUCCAAGGCUCAAGACGACAGACUGAAGACGUUCCUGUAUUCCCCGCAGGAGAAACCGGUGCAUACGGCUCCGAGCACUCCCAAGACGGCGGUCAAACACGUCACGACAAGUUCCGUCGUGGUCAAGCAGCCGUUUCGACCGCAGAGACAGGCUUCGUACUACAACGAGGUCUAUGCUAUGGAGGGAGACAAGUGGGGCCGCGAGUACUGCAGGACCUCUUACUGCUCUAUCAUGCCCUCCUCCAAGUGGACCCACUGCUGCGACAACUACAGGAAGUGCUGCGCCUACGUCUACCAUACGCAGGGCAAGGACGUCAAAAAUCCCUUUGCAUAUGAAGAGAUCUCAAUAUUCAGCAUCCCGCUGAGGCCGCCAAGAAUCCGCCCCAUACACCGAAUGAGCACGACGGAAGUGCAAGCAGACGAGCCCCAGACGAGCACCCCCGGACCCCCGGACGAAGACCAGCUCCUCCCCGAAGGACCCCAACCCCCAGCGGCAGGAGAGACCCCACAGGGCAGCCCCGCCCCGAAACCCCAACCCUGGCGAGACCACAAACCCGACAACCGCACCGAGGGACCCCAGCUCUCGAAGGAACGGACCCCAGACCGCGCCCCCGGACCCCAGACCCUCAAAGAACAGACCCCAGAGGACCCCCAGCCUACAGACGAUCGCCGUCUCAGGUACGACGUCGACCAAGGGACGGCUGAGGUUGGGACAGAGAGCCCUCCAAUAGUCGUCCCUCUCACGUCAGACUCCCCUGUCCUCGAUCGGGCUCUGGUCACCUUCAACGACGU